UUUGAAAAGGCGAAGAUGCGGAAAAAUUACGCUUGUCGAAAAACCGUCGCAUGGUUUGUAUUCGUCAACAUGCUCUGUGCGACUACUUGCACCAUUUCCAUCUCUCGCUCUCUCCCUCUCCUUCUUCUCCGCUCUUCCCAUUUUUACCCCCGGCGUUUGCCAAAAUCACAUCCUUGCCCCUUUUACUCUCCCUGCCUCUAUAAAACACCUUUCAGAUCCACCUCUCCCAUCUCUAGCUUUUCUCCUUUCUGCUCCAUGGCUUCCGAAAGUGCCCUCGAAGAUAAUCUCGGUUCUAACCCUCUGCUUCAGGACUUCGUCUUCCCUCCGUUCGACGUCGUUGAACCGAAGCACGUCCGGCCUGGGAUCCGAGCGCUGCUGAAGAAUCUCGAGAGCGAUCUGGUUGAGCUGGAGAAGAAGGUGGAACCCACGUGGACGGGCUUGGUUGAGCCGUUGGAGAAGAUCGUUGACCGUCUGCAGGUGGUUUGGGGGAUCGUUAAUCACUUGAAGUCUGUGAAGGAUUGUUCAGAACUUCGGUCUGCUAUCGACGAAGUUCAGCCAGAGAAGGUUAAAUUUCAGCUUAGAUUAGGACAAAGCAAACCCAUUUACAAUGCGUUCAAGUCUAUUCAAGAAUCUUCAUCUUGGCAAACAUUGAGUGAUGCUCGCAAACGUAUAGUGGAAGCCCAGAUAAAGGAAGCGGUUCUCAAUGGUGUUUCCCUCGAAGAUGAUAAAAGAGACCAAUUUAAUAAAGUUGAGCAGGAACUGGAAAAAUUGUCACAAAAAUUUGGAGAGAAUGUUCUAGAUGCCACCAAAAAGUUUGAAAAAUUGAUUACAGAUAAGAAGGAAAUUGAAGGCCUUCCUGCUACAUCACUUGGUUUGGCAGCGCAAGCAGCUUUGUCUAAGGGUCAUGAAAAUGCUACUGCUGAAAAUGGGCCAUGGUUGAUUACAUUGGACGCUCCAUGCUAUAUGCCUGUUAUGCAACAUGCACGGAAUCGAUCUUUGCGUGAAGAAGUGUACCGUGCUUUUGUAACCCGUGCCUCAAGUGGAGACCUUGAUAAUACACCAAUUAUUGAUAAAAUUCUGAAACUUAGAUUGGAGAAGGCUAAGCUUCUUGGAUACAAUAACUAUGCUGAGGUAAGCAUGGCAAUGAAAAUGGCUACAAUUGAAAAGGCAGAAGAGCUCCUGGAAAAGCUGCGUACUGCUUCUUGGGAUGCUUCAGUCCAAGAUAUGGAAGACCUGAAGACCUUUUCUAAAGAUAAAGGUGCUGAAGAAGCUAAUGAUUUGAAUCAUUGGGACACUGGCUUUUGGAGUGAGAGGCUUCGUGAGGCAAAGUAUGACAUCAACGAGGAAGAGUUACGCCCAUUUUUCUCAUUGCCAAAAGUUAUGGAUGGCCUUUUCAGUCUUGCCAAGAUGCUUUUCGAUAUCAACAUUGAAUCAGCUGAUGGCCUAGCCCCGGUUUGGAACAAAGACGUCAGAUUUUACUGUGUCAAAGAUUCAGCAGGCAAUCCAAUUUCGUACUUCUAUUUUGACCCUUACUCUAGGCCUUCCGAAAAACGUGGUGGAGCGUGGAUGGAUGAGGUUGUUGGCCGAAGUCGUGCACUUGCACGUGAUGGUGCCUCUGCUAGGUUGCCUGUUGCCCACAUGGUGUGCAAUCAAACUCCUCCAGUAGGGGACAAACCUAGCCUUAUGACAUUCCGUGAGGUUGAGACUGUCUUCCAUGAGUUCGGUCAUGCACUUCAGCAUAUGCUCACCAAGGAAGAUGAAGGUCUAGUUUCAGGUAUUCGGGGAAUAGAGUGGGAUGCUGUUGAACUGCCUUCCCAGUUCAUGGAAAAUUGGUGUUAUCACAGGGAUACUCUGUUGAGUAUUGCAAAACACUAUGAAACUGGAGAGAAUCUUCCUGAAGAAGUUUAUUUGAAGCUUCUUGCAGCGAGGACUUUCCGUGCAGGCUCACUAAGUCUUCGACAGAUACGAUUUGCAAGUGUAGAUUUGGAACUGCACACAAAGUAUGUUCCUGAUGGGUCAGAAUCUGUCUAUGAUAUUGAUCAAAGAAUAAGUAAAAAGACACAAGUCGUUCCGCCGCUGCCAGAGGACAGGUUCCUUUGUAGUUUCAGCCAUAUAUUUGCAGGUGGAUAUGCAGCUGGCUACUAUAGCUACAAGUGGGCCGAGGUGUUGUCAGCUGAUGCUUUCUCGGCAUUUGAAGAUGCUGGGUUGGACAACCAUAAGGCUGUUGUAGAAACAGGUCACAAGUUCCGAGAAACCAUUCUUGCUCUAGGGGGUGGAAAAUCACCGCUCGAGGUUUUUGUGAAAUUCCGUGGGCGUGAACCUUCCCCGGAUCCCCUGCUCAGGCACAAUGGCCUAUUACCGGUUCCCAUAUCCGCUUGAGGUUGACCCAAGAUGGCGCCGAAUGGUGCAUGUACACCUACAAUUCUAAAAUCCGUUCCAUGUUUGGUGAAAUCUGCAGAAUGUCUACAUGUUAAGAUUCGGGGCAGGUUUUAGGAAAACCAAGGCACUGAAUAAAAGCUUAUACAAGUGAUUGGAGGUUUACAACUCUGGGUACGACUCGACACAAGUCACAUAGAAUCGAUUUGCAUGCACUCUUUGUAGAGUUCCAUACUUUUGAUACUGCUUUAUAUUCGUGCACCAAACAUGGUCUAAA